AUGCCUACCUCGCCGCGAACCCCUUCGCAUAGCAGAGGCCCCUCUGCCACCGACCUCUCGUUUGCUACGCCCCUCUCAUACAGCGGAAGCCCUCGACGGCAUUCGAAAGGCAGCAUCAACACUCCUAUUUCGCCCGGCAGGAACAACCGCACGAGGACCGAUUCGAUCGGUCCAGAUGUCUUCAGUAGCGGUGGGCCGGCUGCCCCGUCGAAUGGCCUGGGCAAUCUAGCGGACGAACUGGCGGAUGCAUGGGAGGAGGGCGAGGAAGAAGACGAUGAGGACUACGAACCGGACAUGAAUUUCCAGGAGGUUAGAGAUGAGGGGAACGGACCGACGAGGGAUAGUGGUGUGGAUGUUGGGUCCUCUCCUGUGCAGGUCCAGCCGAAAUCUGCGAACCUGACACCGCCGACGCCAACCAUAGGAGGAGGAAGAAGACAUAGGAGACAACCGAGUGAGUACGACGGAAGCGAUUACGGAGGAGACUCGGAUCUGGAGUCGCCUGGUAUGCCGACAGGACUGUUGGCUAGGAUGGACAUGGUCGAUAGUCUGGCAAGAAGGGGCGCAGAGAAUAAUGGGACGGACAGAGAAAGUGUUGUGAAGAGGGUGAUAGAUGGCCUCAAGGAUCUCGGUGGGCAAUCUGGUGUCGAGGGGAAUGCUACGAGACUCAUCACAGCACACUCGGCACUUUCAACACAUCUCCACCACCAAACUCGCCUCCUCCAAUCCCUCGCCUACCCCCUAUUCUCCCCAGGCUCCAUACCACCCGACGAAGAAUUUAUCAACGAACUAAUGCCACUUCUCGUCACCACCGGAGAAUCUAUGCCUCGCCCCACAGCCGCAGCCUUCCAAUCCCUCGAUCAACUCCACAGCCUGACAGCCGAUCUAGUGCACACCCUCAACUACCUAUCCGAUACGCUUCACAUGUCAAGACAAACAACCGCAACCGCUGCACGCCGUCUGAAAAGCACCAGGGAACUAGUAGCCGAGAUGCGGAAGGAAGAGGAGGCGAGGGAAGAGGGCGAGAUAUGGCUCAAGAGGCACAACUGGGGCGAGAGACUAGGUGCGAGGGAGUGUGCGGGUGUUUGUGGGGAUGUAGUUGGUGGAUUUGAGGAGGUGUGCAAUGGAUGGAGGGCUAGAUUAAUCGCGCAAGCCGACGCGGUUCCUGCUUGA